UUGCCGAUUCAAGGAAACAAUAAAUAGUAAAAAUAAACAAUUAGUUUAAUACCGUGUCUUUAAACUCAUGUUACGGAAAUAACAAAUGAAAUUUAAGUACUCAUUUCAUUUUCAAUCAUGGGAGAUACACAAAACGAUGAUUUCGAAAUGCUCAAAGCCUUAUUUGAUUUUGAAGCAACAUUGGCAAAAACGUUAAGUUUUUCGGAAGGUGAAUAUUUUUAUUUGCAACAGAGCAACACUAAACAACGAAACUGGUGGCAUGUUGUUAAUAGGAAAGGUCAGGUCGGCUUUGUGCCCUCUAAUUAUGUAGCUACAGUCAAGGUAGAGGCGGAGUAUUUGUUGGCUUUUUUGAGCGAUUGUAUUAAAAAUUUAAACGAAAGCAGUUCGCACUCUCAAAAGCAGGACCUAUUGAUUAAAAUGAUUGAAAGAAAAAAACAAGUGCAGAUGUUUGUGAAGCCACAUUCUAAAAAACAGCAAGCACCAAAGCCUCCACCAAGGCUAGAUGACAGCACUCCUCCAAAUGGAGUGUCGCCUUCAUUUGAUCUUAGGCCAGUUGUGUCUCAACAGCAGAUCAGCGAAGAGAGGGAUUCACCACCAAAAUCAUCAAGCACCAAUGAUGAAAAUGAUGAUACAAGGAGUAAAUGUGAUCUCAAAAACAUCAAGCAGCACUCUUUUGACACUGAUAACCAGGAUGAUAGCCAAGAUAGCAGUGAGAGUAUUAAGCCAAAUGCAAUAUAUGAAAUUGUUCAAGCUGUGCGGAAAGAGACUCAGCUUAGUCAUGAAAUGUCAAAGGUUGCUGUUGAAACUGUUCUCAUUUCGCUAAGAGAGUUCCUACCUGGUGGUGCUGCAAGAUCCAUUAUAGAUGCAUUACUUCGUGAGGCCAAUAGUAAUAUAACCUGUCCGAAGAAUGCUAUUGAUGCUGCUCCUGAUGCAUUGAGGAUGAUGACUGCACUGAAUGCACUUUCCAAAGCAGCUAAUGAUGCUCAACAAAGAGGCUGGGCAUUGCAUGAUGACUCACAUGACAUACAAACACAAUUGCUUGAGCUGAUCUCUGUUAUGUCAAAUGCUGAUGUCAACAUAUCCCAACAUGUGUUGAGCAGUCAUCGAUAUGUUUAUGUGACAACUUUGGUACAGUAUUAUCAGAUGGAAACUCGGUGGCCCCUACGUCAGCUACUGUUACAGGCAUUUGGUAUAAUGUGCGGCCUAGAGCGUACAGCCCUAGCAACAUUGGCGCUGUCGUCGUUACCGGCGGAGAUUGCUCGAGAUAUGCGCGACAACCCUAGGGCCGUCAGCCGUCUCUCUCACUCCGCUCUGCUACUCUCCAUGGUUCUAUCUAUGGGAGACAAACUUCCGGUCACACAUUUCGAGCAGCUCGGCCUUGAAUUUGCACAAUUUUUGCUGGAGUUGCUUGAAGAUCCACCGGAAACCGAUGUCGAUGAACAGAUACCUGAUUUGUUUUCAACUCUCCUUUUGGCCUACAACUUGCAGUUUGAGAACCCCUUCGACAAUAUAUUGCUGAAUGCAUUGGAAACAAGGGACAUGGCCAAAACAUUCUGUGAGAAAGUGCUCUUGUUACUCAAUCGUGAAGAAGAUCCGGUGCGUAUUUUUGAACACGAGCCGGCACCUACUCAUUCUGUUCUCAAACUGGUGAUUGACUUGUUUAGUCGUAAAAAAACCGCAGACCACUUUUAUACUAAUGACGUAAAGGUCGCCAUAGAUAUAGUUGUGAGACAACUGGCCGAUCUCUCGCCUGGUGAUACGCGUCGCCAGCAAUACUUGAAGAUACUCCAAGGUGUUAUUCGAAACACUGACUACGGUUCUCACCUGCAUCGCCGAGACGACCUGCUGCGUUGUUUCGCUCGUAUAUUCUGCGAAGAAGGUGAAUGCAGUCGAGACGAUCAAGCUCUGGUCAGGGCUAUUUCCAACGAGUUCCCGCAGUUUUUCAAGGCCUAAGCUCACACUAUGGUAAUGCACAAGACCGGUAUGUGAAGUAAUAUUAAUUUUUCGUAUCUGACCUAGACACCACCGU